GAUGAAGACCUGGGCAAUGAGCUAUUGAGCAACACAUUCCAGAGAAUGCAAUAUCACCUUGACCUGCUACAGUGGUGCCUUAGUAAGACAAGGUCUGAGAAGGACUACAACCACCUGAACUCUAUGUCUGUACUACAGAGUCUUGAGGUUCACAGCGUACUGUAUGUCAUGAAUGAGGCCUUGAACCUCUCUAGUCAGGAUCCUGAUGAGAUUGUUCACCAGUUAAGGAGUGGACCAAUCAUAGGUAAAGGUGAAUCAGUUAAGAGGGAAAAAGCUGUACGCUUUACAGAAGAUACUCACACAGGAAGUGAUGCAACAUUUAGUCGACCAGUCAGCAUUGAGCAUGAGCGUGAUGUCAUGUUAUACAGAAGUUAUGUCAUAAUGAAGCACUUCAUUGAAGUCAUAAGCUUUCCUUCUAGUACUGUCUAUAACCAGUAUAGAUGUAGUAGGAAAUCUCGUAGCUCAAGCCGCACAAAUCCUGAAUCAGUUCAGGCAACUCAUGAGACAAGAGAUACUGAGGAGAGUGAUUUCAGUGAAAGUCAACUCCAGAGAUCACAUCCUGCUAGCCCCAUGGCUACUCAGGAUUGGCUAGCUUAUACUGAUAUAUACAAAAUUCAAGUGACUGAGAAACUUAAAGCAGGAGCACAAAUGCUAUCUAAAGUCUUCCCAUUGAAUUAUCGUGUCGAACUCCUGGAGAAUAUUUUCUCAUUACUGUUCUGUACACAUGAUGAUAUUCAAGAUGAUAUUAUUGUUGAAAAUGAACAUAUUGAUGCUGAUAACAUACAUGAUGAACCUGUUAGUAUGGACACCAGCCUUGAACAAUCUUUAGAUGUCUCGCUAGAUCAGGUUGAUCUCAAUGAAACUCCCAAUAUUGCCCACCAGAUGGAAGAAUUCUCUAAAGUUGGGCAUCAGUUUGAGAUAACAGCGGCUGAUAUUUCCAUAGCAACAGAGGCUACCCCCAGUUGGCCUCAUAAAGCCGUCCCUCAUGAGGACCCAAGUGAUGUCACAGUCAUAACACUGGAAAAAGAACAACUUCCAAUGAAAGAGGAUGAAUUCCAAACUGAGAGAAAUAUCAGAAUGACUCCCAGAAUUGAUUCCGAGAGAAAGACCAGUGGUAACAUGAGUUCUGCUAGUGUAUUGAGUAACAAUCAACAGAAGCUUGGCUUCCUGGCAGAUGAACACAUUGUGCGAGACAUUCUCAGUACUCUCAAGGAAUGCAUUAUUGACCUUAACUCUGCUAAGUAUACAUUACAAGGUCAGGGGUCAUCAGAUACAGGUAUUGAGGUCACCCCUAGCAUUGAAACAGAGCUCACCAAACAUCUGGAAUCCUGUGUGAAAGUUGAAACCAUGCAAUUACAUAUAACUAGACUGACUCAAUAUAUAAGUGAAGCUCAAUGGAGGUUUCAGUUGGUUGCUAGCAGCAACAUACCUCGUCAACCUGGAUCUGUCUCCAUGGCAACAACAUCACCCAGUGAAAGUGAGGAAGAUUCUAUACUAAGUGAAAGUGAACCAGAAGAAUCAAGUCGCUUUCUUAGCAGAUCUACUCUCACUAAAAAAGAACCCUCCCUAGUUUCUUCUAAACAGUUCACAGACAGUGGUAGUGCAACUGCAAGUUCCAACAGCCAAGGAGGACGCAAACGUCAGCGAAAACGUUCACGUAGCCGAAGUCGGGAUGAUCAUAGUGCCAGGUCGGCUAAAACGAGGGAUGUCAUCUCUAAGAUGUUAGCAUCAGAGGAGAGUUUGUUAAACAUGUGUCUGAAAAGGGGGAAUUAUGCGCAAGCGGGGCAGGUGGUCAAGCUAUUUAAUAUGGGCGACAACUCUUCAGCUGCGGAGGUAGAAUUCGGAGAGCUCUACUCUUCAGCCUUACACAAACUUGAGAACAUUGAGACCCAGCAGCGUGUAUCUAGUACACCCACCAAGACCCGCCUUAAUGCUGCCAAAUCCAGCAUGUCCAGCCUAGCUAAAGUAGCAGCACGUGGAAUGCAAUCAGCCUCAGUUAGUGGGACCAUUGAUGAAAUACUCAGCGGGCCAGUUUUGCCAAGUCUACCAUUAAACUCUAAAAUAAGCCAUGUAAAUUCUCCAUUAGGAUCAAGUUUUGAUGCCGAUUUCAUCUCCUCAAUGAUUGUGCUAGAUUUAGCAUGUGCUGCUAGUAAGACACCAGAGGCAAGCGAAAGCCUGUUGGAGAUCGCCAGAAAAUAUCUUCCUAGUGAGAAAAUAUCACCGCGACGUGAAGGGACAGGUAGCAAGAAACCUAUCACUAAAAUGAUGGAAUUUGUCAAUUUUUUGAAUCAGUUAAGUGCAAUAUUAGAAAAAGGGAAGUUGCUCAAUGAAGGUGGAGUCAAUAAAAUUUUGACUCAAGCCUCUGCUCCUUUACAAGCAAAUCAAAGAAAAAUCUACACAAAUGCUUACACUGAGAUGGAAUCUGCCAUUGAUAAAGCUGUAAGAUCAGUGAAAAUGUUACGACCUGACACUGGAGUAGUACGCCAUCUAUUCACUGAAGUUGAGAAAGCUAAACCUGAGGUGCGGAUUGCUGUUACUAAUCUAAUAAGGGUGCUAGAGAAGUGGUCUGUUGCCUUUGGUCAGAUUGAUCACCUGAAACUUGGCUCAAGUGCCGAGGAUGUAACUAAACAUGGGAGGCUAGACUAUGUCAGCAGCUUGUAUGAACAAAUGAAAACGCUAUGUACUCUAGUGGCUGAAUCUGAGAGUCCCUCUAAAGAUCAUGAAGUUUUGGAGUAUUUCAAUGCAAUACAGGAGGGUCCCACAGAGAUAUUGGGCAAGCUAAUGUUCACGAAUAAGAUACCCCCAACAAGACUAGAGGCAGUUGCUCAGAAGUUGAGGUUAAACCUGACUCAUAUUAUAGUGACUUGUUGUUGUCCCACAAUUCCUAGUCACAGAAUGUCUCUUCCACCUGAUGUGACCACCACAAGGGUGCAGCAUGGGUGUAUUGUGUUGAAUCAUGGGAAGGAUGCUGAAUGGAAGGAAACACCUAGAAAUCCUGAGCUGGUUGCUAGGGAACUCUUAUCCAAAAUGAGGCUUCUAAUGAAAGAUCAAGGCCUGAAGACAAAUGCAAGUGGUGUAUUCAACAUCCAGGCUGCAAUGAGUACUAUAGAGAGUGCAGAGUAUGCUAGGAUUACUGAGGCAACAGAGGAGCUACAACACAUCACUCUGGAGGGACUCAGAGGUCAAGAGGAGAAGGUCUGCUUCUUUGUGAACGCGAUGAACCUGAUGACCCUGCAUGCUGCUUUAUACAGACUUAUGGAGAAUCAUCAGGUCCCGGGAGAUGAAGAUGUUGAUUCUUUGAAUGAGGAGGAUAUCAUACCAAUUUCCCCAAUAGAUGGGGUUGUUUUCACAAACAAGAUGGCGUACAAAGUGGGAGAGCUAGGAAUUGUUAGCUUAGCUAUGAUGAGGAACCUUAUAAGGAAAUCUUGUGAUGAUAUAUUCAGCAGUGAGUUUGCUUUAGAUCUCAUGGAUCCAUGGUUGAAAUAUCUACCAAAUAAGGACGCAUAUAUCUUAUCGUUACUCAUUGACUGUGGACCAAUCUCACCUCUCCUAGUAUUCAGCCCGGACCUGCUUUCUCAGCAGGUGUCAGAGUAUGUCAGUUCUUUGGUUGAUAACCAUGUCGUUCUAGACUUGGAGAAGAGACAGGUGUCUCUACCUAAAUGCUUGCUGGAAUGUGUCAAAUGUCUUCAGACAGCAACUGGAGAUGUCUCCGCAGAGGUGACAAUCACUUGGCUGGGGGAGAAUGGAUCCGAAGAAUUUAGAGAUAAACUCAAAAUAUUUACCCAAUAUAAGGAUACAUUGGAAAUAAUUGAAGCAGUUCACCAACAAGAUUUCUGUAUCUAUUUUACACAUCAGCCAAAUUGUCAAUCAGAGUCACAGUUAAACGUAUCUUCAUCGCCUAGCAACAUAGAAUAUUCAGACUCUUUAGACAUCAGCACAGGUUCUCGAUCAAGUCGUGUAAGCUUUCAACGACAAAUGACACAGCUUGUUAAAGCCAAGUACAACCUUAAUGUACCAGCCUUGGAGUACAUAAAGAACAGCUCUUCACUGGUAGCAACAAUAGUGGGCUUGGUAUGUUCUGACGAAAUUGACGAUAUUGAUUAUGAAAUGGAUAAGCGACAUUUUAUAGAUAGUUCUGAUGCCACAUCCCACACAGGAUUAAGUCCUAUGGCUAAAAGUCUUCAUAACAAGAUUCCUGGAUCUGGGUCCUUUCACAGUACAAGCUCUCAAGACUCAGACAUUAGUAUAGUAGAUAUACGUAGCUAUAGAUACCAGAAGCUGACAGAUGAUUUUCCCGUCCUGAAGCGCCACCUGGAGGCCUACGUGAUACCCCUAGUAGGAGGGACUCAUCCUGAUAUACUGACAACCUCUGAUAAGGUGUUGAGACUGACUAGCUGUGCCUUAGAUGAAGAUACCAGAGCGUGUAUGUUGCUCCUACAUGACACAGACCACUUCCGCACAGUUGUACACGAUACAUUGGACCAGCUAGUCGAGGAAAAACAAUGGAAGGUCAUGCUCGAGAUUAUUGAUAGUAUCCCUGCAGCGUCAACAUCACAUCACACGGAUCUGAUCAUCCUCCGCGAUUACAUCCUUUCUCAUCUAUGUAACCAACACAGUAAUCCUAGCUAUUCUGAAAGUGAUUGGAAAUAUGCUAUGUGGAUUCAAAAUCCAACUAUGCAAGCCAGGGUGGUGUUAGGGGGCCUCAGACAGUGGUCUGUGGAGACAUGUAUAGAGCUGUUAAAGAUGUGUACGCAACAGAUGGGUCUAGAAGAACCACUUAAAGAUGCUGUCCAGAGUCAGUUGGACAAAAUGAAUGUCUACCUUGUGAUUGCUGCAUCUGCUAAAAGUCGACAAAUCAAAUCCUCCGUGAAUCUUUACAUGACUGAAGAUUUAAACCAUGAUGAACUUGAGCAACUGACAACUUGGCAAAAUAUUCUAGAAGCAUCAAGUGCCAAACCAGAUCACAUCAUAGUUGUGCUUACACAAGCACAUGAAUUUGAUGUUGCUAGGCGAUGGGCAAAGUUUCAUGAUAUUGGUACCCCCUAUAGAAUGGCAAUAGAGCAAGAGGCUCUGUUGUAUUUAUUGGGAAAGACUCCUCCAGCAACCAUACAAGCAUAUCAGUUAUUAGAAAGCCUUUCUCAGGAGGACUCUCAUAUGUGUCUUGAGAUUUGUGAUGGUAUUUUAGCAAGAUCAUCCUCCCCUAAAGAUAUCCUAUUUGUGACAGAGUUUAUGUUAAAUCGUCUGCGCUCUGAUAUAGAUGGCACCCGUAUUGAUGAGAUACAUCUCCUGUCUAUUGGAGCUAAGAUGUUGGAGGUGCUGCCAGAUUGGUGUCUAACUGAAUAUGAGCAUCUUAUAUCCUCCCCUUUACUGUUGCUAGAGCAGUUCCUUAUGAAUGCAAAGGUAGAGUGGUUUUCCAAAGCACUACAGAAUGCCAAGCCUGAGCUACAUAGGCUGCCAUCAGGAAGUCUAGGUUUCACUGCUACUGUGUUUGAUGACCUCAUCACAAGCUAUGCCUCUAAAGCUCUAGACUUUCCUAUCCUCAAUAUGCAAAAUAACAUUCCAAGCGACACAACUUCAAUGAUUUCAUUAAGAACCAAUAUGACAUCAACGGUGGGACCACCAGAGUCUGGGAGGACUCCUACUGCUAGUAGCAUGCGCAGAAGCGCAAGCCGUGCUUCCCUUGCUCUGUCUCCACGAACAAGUCAAAGUUUUCCAAGCUCUGCAAAAAGACAUUCCACCUCUGCACCACAAAGGGAAUCAAUGUCCACCACACCCCAGGGGUUUGUAAUGCCAUCCUCCCCUCCCUCUAAGGAAGAUUGGGUGCCAGAUGAGACAGUGCAAGCAUGCAUGGUCUGUUCUGUACAAAGAUUUAGCAUGUUCACAAGACGUCACCACUGUAGAAGAUGUGGGCGCGUUGUGUGUGCUGCCUGUUCAUCAAAGACAACUAUAAUACGUGGGAUCUCUGCCAGGACAUGUGAUGACUGCUACCAACAGAUAUUUAGACCAAGAAGAGAAGCACAGGAAUCAGUCCAGGAUAGAUUGAAAGAGAGACUUUCAGGCACUAUAUUACCAGUGGGAAGCACCCCCAAGAGUAGAGUAUCCACCCUGAGUGAGGAGACAGCUGUCAUCUCUCAACAAGAUGAGGAGGGUCUUCAGACACAGGAGUUUCUAUGGCAACUGUCUCUGGAUGAGGAAGCAAAUGAAGCUGUACGAGAGGAAUUCUUCUAUGAAUAUGCACCUAGUACAUCAUUGUGUAUGUCCCUACUGGAGUUGCACAGUUUACCUGUUGAAUGUGGGAGAUUCCUACUAAAGUUAUGUGAUGAUGUCUCCAAACUUUUGAAGCCAAUUUCUCCAGGGGUUGCUAACCCAGAAGUGGAUUAUUUCUUUGUCAUAAGCAUGUUGAGGUAUCUGCUAUUCAAUGCAAAGAUGAAGUUCCUAAAAGGUCAUGAUACAUCAGGGAUUGAACAGUGUGAGGUGUACAGAAGCAGGGUGGACCUACUUAGUCUUCUGAUAAAGGCAAACUGCAAAGACAUACCUUCUAUACUAGAGCUCACCAAAAUAGACUCAUUGAGGAGAAUGCGAGACAAGCUGAUUGAAGAUGAACGCCUGUCUCUUGCAAUGGAGGUGUCUACCAAAUGUGGUUUGGAACCCAUGGGGGUAUGGGUAGCAUGGGGGACUGCAUGUCUUACUGCUGGUGACUUCAAGGGAGCCAGGGAGAAAUUUGCCAAAUGUUUAAAGGUGCCAAAGGAUAGGAAUAAUGCACAAGAAGCCCCUAAGAUCCUGACUGAUAUUAUCUCAUGUUUGGAGGCUAUGCCCAGGGUUGCAACCAUAAGUAUCCCUGCACUAGAUGCACCACACAUGUCUAUUAAGGACCUGAUUGCUGAGCCACCUGUGAUCUAUGCUGAGGAAAGAGAUUUACAAGAACCCCAGCUGCAAGAGAGCUUAUACUACAUCAAGACCUAUGGCAACUACCUAGCGAAUGUGUCUUUCUAUAGAAGACAUGGCUACUGGAUGAAAGCUGCACAGUACAUUAUUGAUAAGAAAUGUGUGCCAGAAAUAUUCAUUGAGGGUUUUGUAGUGCCCUCUUUAGAUAUGGGUGAGUUUAGGCGAGUUGAGGACCAGAUGUUGAUGCACGACCCAACCUUGGAGAAGUGGAACAUCUACCUGACUGCAACCUGUAGGUACCUGAUGAAGGCAAGACACAUGCACUCUCUAUACCUGUUCCAGAUAUUCAUGAAG